AUGGAAAGACGAAUUGAAGAGCAGCAUUCUUCAAUGUUGGCUGAUCUAGGGCAGAAUUCAAGGCAGGGUUUGGGUGGAAUGGGGGCAGGAAUGAAGAGGCAAUCGGCAGAGCAAGGUAGCCGUAACCGCUUGUCAAAGAAUGCAAAGUUUACUAUGCGCGGGGGCAUACAUGCUUCUUCACCGAACCUCCUUGAGCAUGAUGCAGGCCUGAACAUUGAGGAAAGAGUUGAAGCCGCUUUAACCGAUUUCAUCUUUGAUGGUUCCAAAACCACUUCCAUAGCCCACAAGACAAUAGUCAGGCCUGGAGAUACGGUCAUUGAUGCCACUUGCGGCAACGGUCAUAAUACGCUUAUGCUGGCAAAGCUUGUGCUUCAAGAAGCAACUGCAGGCUACGUGAUUGGGCUCGAUAUACAACAAGGAGCUAUAGAUAAUAAAACAGCACUGCUAGAUUGA